AUGCGGAGGACAGGUCCUAUCGAGCUGCAUUUUGAUCAAGAAAUUGAAAAGACAGCUCGUGCUAAUCGGAAAGCGGCAAGGGAAGCUCAAGCUUCAAGAGAAAAAGCUACAUCGAGUGGUGAACCAAAGUGUCAACUGCAGAAUUUUGCUCACAUGGAUCAAGAACAGGAUCCACCGGUCAACGUUCCACCACUUCCUCAACCACAAAGACGUACUCUAGGUGACUACGGGCGAAGAGAUAAUGAUGCUUUGGCAAAUCAGGGUUUUCAGCCGGCAAACCCGGUUUCCUUUGACAUAAAGAACACAGUCUUAUCCGCAUUAAAGGAAAACCCCUACUCCGGUUCAGAAUCUCAGUGUCCAAACUUGCACUUAUCCCAUUUUUAUGAGUCUUGUGACUAUACAGACCCGCCGGGGUUGGAUACAAUACCAGCUGGAACCAUCGAGACAUGGAGACAACUUGAGAGGAAAUUUUUGGACCGCUACUUCCCCAUUCACAAGUUCUUGGAAAGGAGAGCGGAGAUUAGUAAUUUCGAGCAAGCUGAUGGAGAAACACUUUAUGAUGCUUGGAAGAGAUUUAAGGUGUGUCUCAAGAGGUGUCCCAACCAUGGUUUCGACGGCUACAAUCAGAUGCAGAUGUUUACGCAAGGUCUUAGGGCGCAAACACGCAUGAUACUCGAUGCAUCAGAUGGUGGUUCUUUGAAAAAUAGGGAUGAAGCUGAAGCAAGAGAGCUGGUAGAGAGUAUGGCACAAAAUGAGUACCGUGCCACCAAUGAUAGAGGUGCAAAGAAGAGAGGAGGAGUAUUGGAGUUGGACACGCAAACUGCUCUCUUGGCUCAACAAAAGCUGAUGACGAGCCAACUGGAAGCCAUGAUGAAACUGCUGUCCAGUCCUCAAGUUCAAACUUCGUUGGUAGGUAAAAUUGAUAAUGUGCGUUGUGAUUUCUGUUUGCAGGACCAUCCCAAUGGCGGUUGUUUCCCCGAAGGUUCAGAGGAAGCUAGAUACUUAGCUAACUUCCGGAAACCGUAUACCAACAAUAAUAACGGUUCUGGAUGGGGAAACAACAUGCAAGCUCAAGGUGCAGCUCAACAACAACAAAGACCUCCCUCAAGAAUGGAGGAGACUCUUAAUCAAUUUAUGAUGAUGACCAAAAGCAAUUUCGAAGCAAUGAAGUCAAGUCAAGAGACCUCAAACAAGAACCAUGAAGCAUCCAUCAAGAAUCUUGAGGUACAAAUGGGUCAACUUUCAAGGCAGUUUUCAAUGUUGCAAAAUCAAGGAGGUUUCGGUGGAAAUACUCAUGACAAUCCAAAAAAUGAAACUUGCAACUGA